GGGCAUGUUGGGUCCUCGCCGCCAACACUUCAGCACUACUAAGUUUAAGGCCUUUGGCUUUUACGAAUCAUACCUAUCUAGGUACCUACCUAUUUAGGCCCCCAGGAUAGACUUCUCAAUUGCCUACCUAGUAUACCUUCAAGGACUAAAGAUGGAUUCACAAGAGCAAAUACCCACCUUACCACUUCAGAGCCCUGCCAAAUCCUUACCAAGUUCACAGACGAUUGAACAUCCUCCUAAGUCUAGAGCCUCACUCCCCCUCGGACAAUCGUUAGGGCUCGCUGGCGCCUUUAGCAUCAUAGGAGGAUCGCUAGGGGCCCUUGGUGUCCUGUCGUUUCUUGGGAUUAUCUGGUUCGGUCACGGCGAUGCGUCAGACGGUUCCCAGGCGAACCGGGCUUGGCGCUACAUUGCAAUCCGUGGCUGGAUGACCCAGGCCAUCACCUUGAGCGCCGUCUUACUUCGCUUCAUAAUAUCUAUUCAGACAACUAUCUGCACCUCUAUGAUCGCGGCUCUUUUGCUUGAAAAGGACGGCGUCCGCCGAUCCUUGGCAGCAUGGUUUUCUGUUACGAGAAGCAUGAAUAGCGGCCCGCGGAGGCUGCUAGGUCUAAUUAUAUCAUCGAAAAAUCGAACUGCUCUUCGACGAGUCGAAACCUGGCUAGUGAUGAUUAUGGUCAUUAUCACACUAGCUCUUCAGUUUUCCUCCACCAUACUGCUUUCAGACAUGGGGAAGCUGGAAAUAAUCAGCGACACCUAUAAUAACAAAGUCCAUAGUAUCUUCGAAUCCCGAGAUAAUAAGAACGAGGAUAUUAGGGAAACCUCGGGCCAAUUCUUAAUCGUACAACCCAUAUUCCCCACGUUUGGCGAGGCUCGGAGCCCGCUAGGCGCCAAACCAGAGUCGAACGGUCUUAGUGAUACUGGCUUGAUGCAGAGGGCAUUUUUACCAAUAUCAGAAGCAAGUGACCGAACUUCCAUCCGAGAGUUCGAAGGAAAUGUCAUUGUGCUGAAUUCCCAAGUGGCCUGUAUGCGACCUAAAAUAACCGCCGAAUAUAGUUCCUAUUCAGUCCUCAAUGGCAACAGUAAUGGCGCGAUUAGAGGCCAACUCGAUUAUGAUUUAACUUUCAGAAGUGCCCAAGUGAAACCGAAAUCACUGUGCGGGACACAAAACUGUAGCCGCAUCCCCUUUUCUUGCUGGACAGCGGGUGCAAAAUUUGGCUGGCAAUCCAAGUCUUGUCUUAUUGAUGGACUUACAACACAAUUUACAAAGGGAACUGUAGCGCCUGAGUGGAACUUGUCUGAUGGACCGUGGUCUCCAAAUUCAUCAGUGCAGCUGAUAUCCACGACUAAUAUGCAAAUUCGCGACUGGAACAAAAUUAGAAAGUGGAAACCCUUGCCCCAAGCAAAUCCAUAUCAGGAAUGGAACAGCCACGAAAUCCUACCUGGAAAGUUCGUCAACAUUACGUUGUGCUUCUCCGCCUUUAAGCUAGAGCGGCACUAUGUCAAUUUGACCGCAUCUGGUACACUGAAAGAGCCACCACUAAUUAUCCCCGUAGGCUCAUCUAAUUACAGCUCUGCCGGUGUGCAGAGCUUACUGGGGGUUAGUAUACCCCCCGGGAGCCAUAAGGAUAGGGGAAUACUCAAUAUGGAAAUCCUUGGGGCGCCUAAUGACGGUCCACCCUCAUCCCCAGCUAAUUCGGUUAGUGAUUUUGGCGCUUUUGGGAAACUCACCCUAGGGGAGUCAACUACAACUUCAUUUAUGAUUUUACUGGCAUUUCAGUUCGGCGAAGGUUUACCCCGGAAUACUACCAUAACGAUGUGUAGAUUCUGCGGGGGUACGACGAAUUUGGUGCUGAAUGAUAAGCUCUCGGCCUUGAUGAGCGACAUCAUCCAGCAGACAGGGCGAGCUGCAAACGCCAUGCUAAGUCUUAUCUCUACGACUUGGGCGAACUUAUAUUACACAUACGUCGAUUCAAUGGCUAUUCUCCAGCAUGCACGAAUGUCGAGAAUAAUGAAGGUUCAAGCCCCGGGUUCGUGCAAAAAAGGUUGUCCGGGGUUCAUUACAGUCGCCACCCUUCUCGGUAUCCACUUACUCUAUGUGACUAUAAUCACGACACUUUAUUUUCGUCAAGUCCGAUACUCUAGACAGGCUAACAUUUGGCAUGCCAUUUCUCAACUAGUUUCGGGAGACUUGAAAGAGACACUUGAAAAUGCGAACGACGCAAGCGACGAAGAUGUGUACAAGGCUGAAGAGAAGAAAGAUACGGAUUAUCUAGUGAGGCUUGAAAGGUUAGAGGGAAGUGGAAGGAUUGAAUUCGUGAGAGUUUAGGCGGGAAAGAGCUCAGCUCAACUUUUGAACAGCUAAAAGGGGGGCAGGGAUAUCGUGGCAAGAUUAGAGGGGAAGUGAGGACUUAUCUAGACACUUCUGAGGCUCCUAAGGCUUGUAACUUUGCUUCUUUUUCAUUAGUCGGAGUUUACCAUUGUGCCUUAAAAGGCAAACGAAACCUAUAACGGUCUUCGAAGA